CCCGCUACGAGUAUAUAAAGGUAUGAAACCCACCAAGGAAGGGGGUCUUCUCCUCUCUCCUCACUUUACACUUUCUACUAUCUCUCUACACUUCAUCUCUCUAUCUACUCUCUCAACUCUCUCCAUAAACCGACAGCUGACUUGCUCGUCGGAGCUUGAUCCGGGGGGCAACCCCGGCUCUUUCGCAGGUUCUCUCCCUCCCGACGAGAUCGGA